UUCCAGUGUUGCCACCGCCAGUGUUAUGAACUCAUCGUCAACGUUCUCUGUGGACGGAAUGUCUCACUUGGCGCCUUGAAUGACAUCCUGGACACACCAGAUCCAUAUGUCAAGUUAUAUAUCCAGAAUGCUCCAAAUGGAAGGACCAAAACACAAUUCAUAUCUAAUGAUCCUAACCCUGUUUGGAACGAAGAAUUCAAGUUUCUCAUCGACAAAGAAUUGGAAAACGUGUUACAUAUUACACUGAUGGACGCUGAUACGUUUAGUGAUGAUGUCGUCGGAAAAACACAGAUAUUUCCCUUGGAUGGUCUGGAAAUUGAUAGAAUCUGUCGUAAAACCUUCGUAUUUCGAAAGAAGUCAGAGGUGGACAUUACGCUUGAACUUAGAAAAUGUGAAGAUCCCCGUGACCUACGAUACAGCGUGGAACUAUGCCAAGAGGAGAUCGAUUUUCGAGAGAAUAGGAAGCCUUUCCUGUUUCAAGCGAUGAAGAAAUUACUCGGCCCAAGAGGACCAGCGAGAAUGGAUGAGUUGCCAACUGUGGGUAUUGUUGGGUCUGGAGGUGGUUUUCGAGCCAUGGUUGGCCUAAGUGGUGUCUUCUGUGCUCUUAAAGACAUGGGUGUACUGGACUGUGCCAUGUAUGCCGCAGGACUGUCAGGGUCAACUUGGUACCUCUCUGCGUUAUAUUCUCAUCCCAAAUUUCCAUAUAUCCAUCCAAAGAUAGUUAUGCAACAGCUGAGACAUAACGUGCAAUAUAGCUGGAUCAGGCUGUUAACACCUUCGUGGCUGUACAAGCACAUCAAAAUCAUCCAUGAGAAAAAAGUACGAGGCCAGCCAAUCAGUUUUACUGAUUUCUUUGGCUACCUUGUGGGUGAAACCAUCUUGAGAGACCGCAAAACAAUUCCGAAACUGAGCGAUCAACGUGUCGCGGUCAGAUAUGGAAAUGUUCCCCUUCCGCUAUACACCUGUGUACAGGUGAAGAAUGAUGUUUCUGCAAAAAGCUACAACGAAUGGGUAGAGUUUAGCCCUUAUGAAGUGGGGAUGGCUAAAUAUGGCACUUUUAUGAAAGCGGAGCAUUUUGGAUCCAAGUUUUUCUGUGGGCAACUUCACACACAGUAUCCUGAACCCCCCUUGGAAUAUCUGCAAGGUAUUUGGGGCAGCGCCUUCACCGUUUUGCUACAGCGCCUACUCAGUGAGGGUCAAGUACCGAGCGCAAUUGAAAAAGUUCGCCCCAGCUCCUCCGUUAUGAGAGAGGACUUACAUCAGAUUCUGUAUUCAGAAAACCAAGACGAUGAUGAGGAAAGCGACAGUGAAGAAGAGGAACAGAGCGUUGAUGGUCACCAUAUAAAAGAGGCACCUGUAUUUGAUGAUAACGACAUGGAGGAACCAAAGGAAGAAGAUCACAACGAUCCUGGAUUGCUGGGAAGAAUAGCGCAGAGAUUUAUGAACAAGUUCCCUGUGCUGCAAACUCGCUCCGGCCGUGCGGGAAGGGUGCAUAAUUUCUUGCGUGGUCUAGGGCUUGCAUUCGCUCCCGUCCCCUUGGAAUCUGAGGACGUCACCGAUGCCGCUGACCAACUUAGCGUGAAGUCCAAGCGCAUAUUCCUGGCUGACAGUGGGCUCGUGUUCAAUUCUCCGUAUCCACUUCUAAUAAGACCCCAGCGAGGAUGCGACGUACUCCUGUCAUUUGACUUCAGUUCAAGGGAAAGAGAGAUAGAGAUGCCCUUUGAGGAACUUUUGCUGGCAGAAGAAUGGGCAAGAAAGAACAGGUUGAAAUUCCCUCCCAUUAAUGCCAAGGAACAAUACGAGGAACAUGGUUUGAAGGAGUUCUAUGUGUUCUCUGAUCCUAACGACCCAGAAUGCCCUGUGGUCAUACACUUUGUGUUGAUGAACGGCUCCUUCAAAGAUUACAGCCGUCCAGGUGUACCUCGCAAGACCUCUUCAGAAAAGGAAUUCGGAACAUUCGCAGUUUUUGAAGACCCUGAUGAUCACUACAGCACAUUCAACUUCCACUACUCUCACAACUCAUUUGAUCGCUUGAGUCAGCUGAUGGAAUUUAACACGCUGUUAGCGGAAGAAACCAUCAAGGAUGUUAUAGCUGAUGGCGUCAGACGAAAACGACAACUGAAUGCGAUGAAGAGUUCCACCUAGAACAAGUAACUUGAUCAACCAGAGAAACCCAUAUAUUUACACGAGGCUCGAUUGAACUUUGGUUGAAGAUAAAUAUUUUUUACAUCACAAAAAUAAAUAGAAAUCUAUUUUGGACACCCAAGAGCAUAAACAUUUGGAUAGUUGAUUUUCCUUGUCAGUCAUGGUGUUGCACAUUAUAUCCCAGUCUCCAUCCAUGACCACGCCUUUUUUUAACGUGUUCAGUACGCGACGUUAAUAAUUGGUAAUACCUCAUGUAACGUAUGUAUCAAGAGUCCCUGAGUUUGUCCCACAUAGCAUAUAAUCUCAUUUGAUAAAUGUGUAUUACUUUGGUUCGUUCUGAUGGACCCGACCAUAGCAAGACAGAUGACGAUUCCAUUAAAGACUGAAGGCAAAAGUCAAAGAUUUUGAAUCUAAACAACAUUUAAAGCUAUCCAACGUAACUAUAUCCACUCAAUUCAUAAAAUGAAUUACGACCCGUAUUUACAAAAGCAUCAAGAUAACUAUAACCAAACUAAUUGUGCGGCUGUGUAAAAUGGCAAUAAAGGUACUUUUAAAAAGUA